AUGUCCACAGUUUUAUUUACAUUACCAGAGUUAUACAACUCGUAUAAAUCAUGGGUGAGCAAAAACCCAAGUUCUCUAGGUGAUUGGGAAAGCAGUGUUAAAUGGAUCUCUUACUUUUUAGCAGGAAGAAUAAAUAAUUCUCAUGUAGUAUCAGAACUUAUUUACUGUCUAUCCAAUCUUUUGGUAAUGUUCAAUGACAGAAUCAUAAAAAAGGCACAAAAGGUUCAUAGCAAUGGUACAGCAGAAACAAUAAAGCUUUGGUUGACUGUAAUUGAAUAUUCUGAAGUGUUCUGUGAACUUUCUGCUAACAAAAUUUGGGGCAAUACUGGAAAAUGGAUUGUUAUAGUAUCAAUACAGGUGUUCAAGUGUAUUUCAAGACUAUUUUUAAUCUUCCAUUAUAAAGAACCCAUCAUUCAGAGUCCUCCAAUUCCAGUUCUGAAUAGGAAAAAUGUAGCAGCUAGCAACCAAAAAUAUACCUCUGCAAGAGAUGUUGCUCAAGCAGAAUAUGAUUCAGUAUCAUUCACCUUAAAAAGGUCUGGUAGGGUUGUGAGAAAAGUGGAUUCUUCUCCUCCAUUGGGAUUAAGAGAUUGGAAACCUUUACCAAAAAGGUCCUUAUUGGGUGUGGAAGAAGGUCCAACAUUAACUAAUGCUUUGGCCAAAAGAGAAUUGAUUGCAGAAACUGUGUACAUUUCAAAACCCAUUAUUCAUCUGGCAGCAAUGGCUUGUUUGGGAACUAGGACAUGGAAACCAUGGGCUGUGUCUUUAGCAUUGGACUUUGCUAGCUUGGAAUUGUAUAGAUCCUGCACGAAGAAGGAUGUAAAGUCAGUAACACCACAGCAAAGGUUGCAGAUAUCAAAACGAACCAUAUUACUGUUGUUAUAUCUUCUACGAUCACCAAUGUAUGAAAAACAUAGCAAAGACAGAGUACACUCAUUUUUAAUGACUUUGAGUAAAGUUCCUCUAGCUGGUCUAAUAUUUACACCGUUAGCCCAGUAUCUGCCUUUCUGGCAGAGUACAUACUUCUAUAUGUGGUCUUCUUAAUUUAUCAAUUUUCUGGGUUAAUGAUUUUGUAGUUUGAUAUAAUUUGUUUUAUAUAAUGUUCUCUCUAAUUCCUUUAUAUUUAGAAACACUAGUAAGAACUGUUCGAAACCUGUUUGUGUGGCAUCAGAUUUUUAAUAUUAUAUGGAACAGCGCAUAUACAUACAUGAGUCAAUAUUAUUUAUGAUACAUUACCAAUGAAUUUGAUCCAGCAGUGUUUUCUCAGAGUGAUUUGAAAAGUUUCUAUACUUCAUGUGGCGAUAAUGUUUAGUUAUGUCUGUAUUUCUUUCCACACAUUUCCGGGAAUUCCUCUUUUCUCUUUUUGUCAAUUGUGACAGUUCCAUGCUUGUUUUUCUCUAUUGUUUUUAAUUAUUUCAACGUCUGUUAAAAUAAAUACAAUAACAAUAGCAUAUAUUUCCGUAAAAAACAAGACAAAACUUGCCCAAGCUAUAAGGUUGUAGUGACUCGAAAUAAGUCAUCAGAAUUGACACAAUAUUCAUACAAACAGUGAACGUUCUGUAACAUUUUACAUGUCUCGAGACCAGCAUUUCCAUCAGAAUUUCGACAUAUUUAUUGCUAUUUAAUUUAAUUACGAAGACAUAUAAUUAUAUCGUAUUUUAUUGUAUUUUUGUCAGUUGGAUAUAUAAAGGUAUGAGGAAUAAACUUUGUUGAAAGCUAUUAUGGUAUUUGGUUGGGUGAUUGCGAAGAUUUAUAUACCUAUAAGAUGUAAAAUUUGUAUAUUUUUAUAUGUAAAAUAUAGUCGUAAGUUAAAUAUUGAAUAUUGUUUUAUUCUAUUCCAGCCCUAAGAAGUUUUUUAAAGUAACUGCUUUAACGUAAGCAUUCUUAAAUAAUUCAUCAAUUUGAUAAUGCGUUUUUUACACUUCCAGAAUGUAAGGCUCAAGAAAAUAACAUCAAACACAUUAUUUUCUGUAAGUCAAAACCCUAAGGUUUUACGACUAGAAUGGCCAUCAAGUAUCAACUUUUUUCUGAGAUAGCUUUACAAAUUUAAUGAAAUGUUUUAUUACAUACGUAAAUAGCGAGUCUUUUAAAACGCAAACCAUUUCUGGCUAUUUUUGAGCCAGCGAUUUCUGUUAUCCAGUCAUUUUGACCUAAUUCUCUCGCUGCCAUUGCUUCUUGGAAAAUAAAAUUAUAAGUCCUCGGUUCUUCCUUCCAACGGCUACUCACUGCCACAUUCUUUUCGUUACACGUAUAGAAUACUAAAGGACUAGAAAUAAAACAAGCUUUAGGUCAGGUUCCACACCAAUUUUUGAACCGUUUUUGUCAACACAUUCAAAGAUCCAACAAAAGAUCAAGCCAUAGUCUUUUCCAGUAUUGAAGAAACUAAAGUUCAUGACUACAUCAUAGUCGUCGGUUUACUAAUUGGUCCACGUAACGUAUCUUUCGCUUUCAGAAUCGCCAACAAUAGUAUAUGUUUAUAUCUUUCUUCUAAAAAUACAGUUGAAUCACUGCUUCAUUCCCACAAAUAUGUUAAUAUAAAAGAAACUCAAGUAGAAAUAAGAAGACUUAUCACUUCAACUCAAAGACUAGUAAUAUCAAAUGCUUGCUCCACUGUUCCAAACACGUUAAUUGAGCAAGAACUACAUAAGAUGGGUAUAAACCCAUGAGUAAGGGGCUAAGUGUUCUGAAAGCGAAUACAGCCAAGUCUUGAAUUUUAAAAGGCACAUAUUUAUUAGACCUUUAUAAAAUACAUCUAUUCCUGAUUCGUUCAUCAUCUCUCAUAAAAAUACCACUUACCGAUUAUACCUUUCUAUAGAAAGAUUUAAGGUACAAAAUGCAAGACUAUUGGCCACUAGGAAGCUGAAUGCUCUGACAAAGCUAAUCCAACCACUUCUAAUGCACACCCAGAUACUUCUCAAAACAUAUUAACUACAGUAAAUGCAUCUAAUAACAAAACAGAACAAACUGUUACUGACGACAACAUGACAGGAUCUAUAAAUAAUACAAGUGAAAUAAUCCUCCUUAAAAACCUCAACAUCAGCAAUCCUACUCCAGUAGAAAUAACACUAUCUUCAAUUAUUACAAACUUCUCCAAUCAACUAAAAAGGCUCAUCUCAUCUUCUCCAGGCAUUAACGAAAAUACCCCACAGACCGAUUUACAGAUCUUCACUUCUGCAGUAAGCAAACCAAAGAAAAAGUCAAAAACGUCAACCAGAAAUUUACGCGAAGAACUUUUGCUUUCUCUAGAGUCAAUUAAAGACUAAAUAGAAAACAUAUCACCACCAUUUAUCCUAAACUAUAAUGAAAUAGGUGACUUUCUGGAAAACACUAUUUGCUAAACAUUCUGAAAUUAUUUCAAAAGACUACUCGAAUGAAACUGCCGAGCUAAUUGAAAUCCUUAAUUUUGUUUACUGUUACACCCACAAUUCAAAAUUAAAAAUAAUAUCACUAGGUUAAAAAAAUAAACUAAACACUGAUAAUCUCUCUUCCACAGAAGAGACAGAUAAACGACUAUCUCAGUCAGAAUUCUAAUAUGUCUAAUUCCUUUAUUUUACAGUGGAAUCUGAAUGGGUUUUAUACCCAUUUAGAACACUUAAAAUUUUGCCACUUAAAAAUGAGCCCUAAGAUCUCAUGUCUUCAAGAAAUUCAUUUUAAACAAGCUAAUAUAAAUCUUCGAAAUUAUUAAUGUUUUCCAAAAAAAAAAACAGAAUAGUACAACAAGCCAGUGACGGGGUAGCUCUUCUUCUUUGUCAACCAUUUUCCAUCCACUCCUGAAUGUAGGUCUCUCCCAAUGGAGCAGACAUUUCCAAUAAAAUGGUGAAGGGUGCAAUGCGUCGCGACAGGUUUAUCCAAAUAAUGCGUUUCAUGCACUGUUACAGACUUCUUUUCUCAAAUAUUAUCAACCAACUGAAAAUAUGAAUUAUGAUGAGUCGAUGGUGAAAUAUUAUGGUCGCAAUCAUUGUAAACAAUCCAUUAGGCGAAAACCGAUAAGAUUCGGUUAUAAAGUAUGGUGCCUUAAUUCCGAAACUAGUUACCUUGUAAAUUUUGAGAUCUAUCUUCGAAAGUAGUGAUUUUUUACCAACUUGCAUUUGGAAAGGCAGUCGCUCCCCUUGUCUCGAUGCCACAACAAAAGCUGCCUUACCAAAUCUAUGUAGAUAACCUUUUUACUGGAUUAAAUUUAAUGGUGUAUUUAAAAGAAAAAGGAUAUGGUGUCACAGGAACAAUAAGACAGAACAGAAUACCUCAAGACGUUCCACUUGUCAAUAAAAAAAAUUGUCUUCACAUUCUGAAAAAAAAAAGUUGUCCAAGUUCCUCGCCCACAUGUUGUUGGAACAUAUAUAACAAAUUUAUGGGAGGCACUGAUAUAAUGGAUAAGGAUUUAACAGGAUACCGUAUAAAUAUUCGUAGUAAGAAAUGGUAUUAGUCUAUACUUACAUGGUUUAUUGAUGCUGCAGUGCAAAAUUCCUGCAUACUUUCUAAGUGUUCGGGAAGACCGACAACUAAUUUGAAUUUUCGACGUGAAAUCGCGACUACUUACCUUACCAAAUUCAGAAACCUUCCCAUUAGACCUGGUAGAUCAACAACAAGUAGAAAUAGUCUAUCUUUUAACAGAAUCACUGACAACAUUGGGUACGAUGGUAUUAGCCAUCUCAUUAUACCUCUUAAAAAAACCAAGGCGGUGCGCAGGAAAAGGGUGCUUUUUCAUAUUUCAUAAAGAGUAAAUCUUAUAUUUUUAUAGUAUUUUGACCUAGUGUUACCAUAUGGUCAAAGUUUGUAAUGUCAUAUAUUCGAUAAACAAAUCAAAUUUAAUAGGUUUUUUUGCCCAUUUGUAUUUUUCCUAAACUAAUGAAAAUGCGAGGAAUUGGUAAAAAACCACCAGUUUAACCAAAAAAAUUAAUUUAAGCUUUGAUGGAUUAAUGUUUUUUUUUGCAUUAUUAGUUUGCUUCAUUCUAAUUUUUUAUUGAUUUCUAUUUUUACAUCUUAUUAAUCGGUGGUCACUUCCAAGACUGAAUCUAUUGACUAGAGUAGUACCCUUUGGGAGUUUAAUAAGUCUUUUUAUUUCUUCUGAUAUGUUGUUUUUGGGCUCAGAUAGCCUUCUUCCUGAGAGGGUUGAACUAUCACAGCUUUUUGAAAUUUUGUUUUGAGUGACUGCUAAAGCCUAGAUUGAUUUAUUACAUCUAGUUUCUAUUUAUCGAAUUAUAAUAAAAAAAUAAUACGGAUUGUGUGUUUAAUAAUAUGUAUAUUAUAUAUCUCGGGGAAUUAUUGAUUUUACGAUUUUUAUUCCUUAAGAAUUUUUCCUGCAAAACUAAUAAAACUCAGAAAAUUGUUUAACUCUUUUUAUUUACCCUAGUCUUUUAUUACACUAGUAGCAUAAUAUAAGUAAACUUGAAAAAUUCAAAAGAACGACACAAACAGACAGUCGGUCGUUUGAAUUUUCCGUAAAAUUUGAAAAUUGACUAGAGUUAGAGAAACAUAUUUAGGAAUGCAUUUCAACAUUAUAUACAGCUCGUCGUGUUAACAAGGUACAUUGCACUUGGAUAAAAACGUAUUUAUAUACAAUAAAUCAUUUAAAAGUAGUAAAUAAAUCUACAAAAGUUAUUGCGUAUACUUAACGAAUGAAUAGUAAAGCCAGUUUAGAAGAAUCAGUACGUAUUAUUUGUGAUAACUAGGAGAUACAGUUCUAUAGUAGACAGAUACAUUACAAUAUCAGCUGUACAUGGUGAUUGGGAAAUGCGUAUGUGUUACAGUUAGAAAACAUUCAAUAAAAACGUUUAAACCUCCACCAAUAGUGCUUGAUUACGAGAAGAAAUACAAGACUUAUUCAUUUUGCUCAAUAAUCUAGCUCUUUAUCACCUUCGAAAAAGAGUGGUUAUCGAAAGUCCUCAUAAAAGAUGUGUCUAAAAGACAAUAAGUGGCACCUUAUGCAAGUGCAAGUGAUUGAUGAAAUUAAUGAAGAUGAUUUCGAUCGUAGACAAGAAUUUUGUAAAUUCUGUUAACGUGUGGGCGGGAAUAGUUGCUAAUAAAAUUGUGGGCCCAUUUUUUAUCAUUGAACGGUGACAAGUAUUUUGAGUUACUUCAAGUUCAAAUCUUUAGCUAGCGGACAAUUCGCUAUGGUACCAGCAUGAUGGAGCAUCACCGUAUAACCGACACCACGUGCCUAAUAUUUUUCCUAAUAUAUGAGUUGGCAGACGAGGAUUUUUAGAUUGGCCAGCUAGAUCUUCUGAUUUGUCCCCACUAGAUUUUUUCUUAUGGGGAUACUAAAGUCUAAAGUUUACGUUAAUAGACCUAAUAGUAUUGAUGAACUUAUGGUAGCAGAUAACCACUAAUUUUUUAAUUUAAUUUUAAUAUGACAGCCCGACACUAUAUUCAGGAAGAGAAUGCCAGACCGCACGUUGUCAGAGAAUCGUUAGUUUUCAUGGAUCAACAUGACAUCAACCAUUUAUCUUGGCCACGAUCGCCUCAUCUGUCUACAUUGAACAUGUCUGAGACAUGAUAGAUCGUGAAUUUGCAACACCCUCCACAGACUUUAGCAGCUCUUACUUACGAAGUUGCAGUAGCCUGGAAUGAUAUACCAUAACAGGAUAUCGGUGUCAAUGAGCGUAUAAGAAAUCGUGGAUCCUCAACACAUUGAACCAGCUCUGCAUUAAAUUGACGUAUCAAGCUGAAAACGAUUAUGAUGAAUUAAUGAUUUUACUAGUAUGGGACACUGAACAUGUAUACCAAAAAUUAUUAAAUUUGGAUAAAUAUAUGUGUGUUUACCAUUUUUUAUCACUGAAUAUAUUUGAGGAUGACAAGUGCGUGAAAAUUCAUAAUUGCUACAUGGUGUUGAAAGUCCUUUUGCAAUAAAUCAGUGAACUGAUGUGGAUUUUAUGGACUAUUGUGUAAAAUAGAUGUACCACCCAAUAUAUUGGUUAUAAAGACUUUUGAGUCUCAUUAAAUACACAAUGAUACUCUCAGAAUAAACACAACGCUAUAGUUUCCUAACAUAACCGCAUUUCCCAACAAUAUACCUUACAAUUAUACUUUGGUCCACGAUUACCAAUUUGAAGAAACUUUCACACAUUCAUGAAAUCAGUUUAGCAAGAAAAGUCUCGUAAUAUAAAAAAUAAAGAUUGGUCUUUUAAUAAACGUUGAUGAGAUCAUCAUUCGAAAGUAGUUCACUACGUAUAAUGAAGUUGUACGUGAAAAUACAGUGAAACAAUAAAAAUCGACUCCUGUACACUUGCGUAAACAAUAACAAUUUACGUAUUUAAAUAAGUAAAACAUCAGUCCUGCCUUCUGAUACAAAAAACCUCUUUAUACAUAUAAAAACAUUAAAAAAUAAAUAAAUUAUCUAACAUUACAAUAACAGUAAAUGUGUACCUUGUUUAACAGAUAAGAUAUAUAUACAUAGUUAGAAAGGAGUGGGGUCCUUCAAAAAACAACGUAGGUCCUAUAUUUACAAUACAAUAUACAUAAAUACUGAAUAAUUUGAGUGCUCUUUUUCAGAAAGUUUUGUAUAAAAAAAUUUAAAAAUCGUUAAAUAAAGAGCUUGAAAUAUAAUACACAAAGUAACUUCAGAUAUAUAUAAAAAAAGAUAUACAUAGUAGUUAGUAGUAGUAAUAGUAGUACGAGAAAGACAAUGGUAGAGAUUUCAUAUUCUAACAACGAUCAGAAUUUGACAAAAAUGCGAUUAAAACUUUGAUACUUUUAGUACAAUAAAGAUUUAUUAGUUUUAAGGAAGCUAAUAUUACUAUUCAAAUUAGUAAUUUUAUCUCCAUGUUUAUGAUUUUACUGUAAGUGUAAAGCAUUUGAAGUCGCCUCGAUGGCUUGGCGUACUGGUAGAUACACUUCGAAGUGUGUACUAGGGUCAUGGUUCGAACUACACACUGGUUAGAGAAAUAUUUCAAAUAUAGCAGUAUAAAAUCCAAAGUGGAGCUUUGGUUUUGAACUUAAUCAACGCGAUGCUAUGCAAGGGCAAUGGAGAGAAUAAUGUUGGGGAUUUCUCUACGUGAUAGAAUACCCAAUGCUACUAUACGCAAAAGAUCAGGAGUAGCAGACGUUAUUGAAAGAAUAACAACACUAAAGUGGAACUGGGUAGGCCAUGUAGCAAAAUGAUGACCGGUGGACAAAAAGAAUUUUGGAAUGGAGACCCCGAAUAUAAGCUAACAGAAAUAGAGGUCGACCCCCAACGAGAUGGACAGAUGACAUAAAAAGAGUGACUACAAAUUGGAUUCAGAUGACGCAAAAUCAGACUAAGUGGAAAAGCAUGCGGGAGGCCUAUGUUCAGCAGUGGACGUUAGAGGCUAGUUGAUGAUGAUGAUGAAUACUUAGAAAAGCCAGCAAAACAAUAAUACAAGAUGUAAGAGUACCUAUACAGACAAGCAUAAUGUGUUAGUAGUCACCUAUUAGUACUAGGGCAAUUCAUAUACACGGAAAUACGACAAAAAGACAAUAUCCAGAGAGAUGAGGAGAUGCAAAACUUGCAAAUACGAGGCAUAAAGUAGAACUUCUACAACAAUUUAGUAUUCGAACACUGUAUCAAAAUAGGCAACAGAAUAUGCUACAUUUGCAUGAAGAAUGGACCCCAACAGAAAUGUAUCAACAACUAAAGGAAAAAAUAAACAAAGCUAGCUCUUGAACAACACAAGAAUAAAUCUUUGGAGAAAUACAGUGGCGACCUAAAAGAGAUGAUUAAAAGGAAAAAAAGUACGUUUCAUACAUGGCUAAACGACAGAACCCCAGGAACACGAGAAGAGUAAGUUAUCCUCAGACAACAAGUGAAGCAAACAAUAACGCUCGAGAAGAACAAAUACUGGUAGGAAUGUGCAGAGAUAUCGACAACACGAUAGGGGAUAACAGAUCAACGGAAGCAUGGAAAAAAUAAAAAUAUUAUUUAGAUAAAUACAUCAAAGGAGUGGACAAAGCAUGACAUAAAUUAUUGCAGAAGAAUAGACCGGAGUAUAUGUAACAACACCCUGUGACAAUAAUAACAGAAGAAGUCGAAAUAACAGAGGAAGAUAUAAAUAAAACACUAAAAGCCAAAAAUAACAAAGCACCAGGACCAGGGAACACAAAUAUGGAACUGCUGAAAUAUGGAGGCGCAAGGAUCAUCGAAGAGGGAGAGGAGAUUCCAAAGGAGUGACUCUAUUUUGGAACAUGAAGAUCCUUUAAAACUUUUGGAAUAUGGUGUAAAAAUUAAUUGAAAACUGAUCAAUACCAUCAGACACACAGAUGAUACAGUUAUAUUGAGCGAUGACUUAAAUGGAUUGCAAUGUCUUUUAAAGUUCAUUAAAACAAAGGGGCGAGAGAUGGGACUAAAAAUUAAUUGUCCUAAAACAAUAUACAAGGUAUUUAGUCGCUUACCUUAUCAAAAUAGACAAUUACAAUACUAAUUGGGCAACCAAUACAAAGAGUAUACAAUUUUUAAUAUCUAGGUUGUUAUAUUACCGAACAAUUAGAUCCUGAUAGAGAUUAAGUGUAAAAUUAAGAUGCUUCGUGAAGACUUUUUAAAAAUGACGUUACUCUUCUGUAACUGAGUCGAAGCAUGGACCUUGAAAAUAUCCACUAUUAACCGUUUAGACAAUUUUGAAGUGUAGUUGUAUAAACAAAGAAUGUCAGAAAUACGGAAAGUCGAAUAACUAUUCAGAAUAGCUCAAGACAGGGAGAGUCUUGCCAUGUUAAUCGAUAACGUCAAUGAGACUUGAUAAGGAACGUUAAGAAGAAGAAGAAAUUGAGCUUAAUUUCAAAUAUAAAAAAGAUAACUAGAUUAUGUGGCAAAUAGAUAUUACGGCAGACCAAAGCUUAGGCCAACGGAUGGUGCAAUACAUAAUACAAAGAAGAUUAAAACUUUCACUUAAAAAUUUUAAGACGAAUGAGGUACUCUAGAGGUACUAAUGAGGUUGUAAGAUCAUAAUAAUAAUUGUUUUAGUUUUGAUAUUUAUAAUUAUUAGACUCCUACAACUAAUACCUACAUAAUGUCAAAUUCUGACUGUAAUGAUUCAAACAACAGUUUGUUCAACAACUUAAAGAAGUCCUAAGUACUGGUUUUUAUUAUACACAUGAAUAACAAUAGAAUCUUAACUUAGAAUCCUCUAAGCAACCAUAAAAGUUCACGAUCAGUUUAAGAUCUUGAUAUUUUAAACCAAUUAAGCAUAAAUAAAUAAAUAUUAAGUAUUAUUUUAAUCUCACGGAGCAAGAUAGCAAUCUCAUUAAAGUAGUUCAUGAACGUCAUAAUAAUUAAUGAAUAUUAUUUAUUGAAUAGACUAGCAUAUGUUCUAAAUACUUGCCGGUCACAUCAAUAAGCGAUAGAUUAUUACGUGCGCUGCUUCAUCGCCUUUGAUAAUGACGAAACGUCAUCAACGAACAAUUUUAGACCACGGCAUAUAAACUCCAAAAUAAUGUGCCAUUAUACAUAUUAUAAUACAUAUCAAAAAAUCUCAAGAAUUAAAAAAAUCAGUUACCCUCCAACCUUCUUCUUCUUCUUAGGGUGCCUGUCCGUUCCGAACGUUGGCGAUCAUUCUGGCUAUGAUGACUUUGUUGGUUGCUAUACGAAAUAGCUGUGUUGAGGUCUUUCUUUACCAAGCUCUCAGGUUAGCAAGCCAGGAUAUUCUUCGUCCUGAGACCCUUUUUCCAUCAAUUUUACCUUGCAAAAUGCAUUGAAGUAGCUCGUAUCUGCCUUGAUUUCUCAUUGUCUCAAGUACUGCAGCUUACGACCCUUCACGAUGUUGACCAAAUCCGCAGUCGUGUUUUCCUCCGCAGUACUUCUUCAUUGGUGACUUUGUCUGUCCAUGGUAUCUUCAGGAUCCUUCUAUAAAACCAUAGCUCAAAAGCCGGAAGUUUUGAUAGAGUUUCAGCUGUACAAUUUACUUGAGUGUAGCUUAAACCAGUUGUUUAUUGAGAUGAAAUUGUCAACUGAUUUUGCCACUUCUUUUUUAACUUUACUGUCUACGAGAAUGCCUACAGCAUACAAAUGAGAUGGAUCUUCUUACAGCACUCCGUUUUUUAUUGUGCAUUUUCCAGUCCCUUGCCAUCAAACAUCGAUCAUUCCUAAUAUAUUUAUUUGUAGAUGUUGCACUUCCAAACUUUAUUACCCUAUUCUAAUAUGAGCUCAAAUAGGGAAAUGUAUGUCAGGUAUGUUAGAAAAUACAUGUAAUCUGUUGUUUUGGCAUUAAAAUUUUAAUAAUCACUUGUAGAAUCAUGAGAAUCACUCUUAAGAUAAUUAUCCUCCUGAAUAUACAUAUAAUGACGGUACUGUGCUGGCAACUAUUAAGAACUACACUAUAGUAGGGUAUAUAUUAAAUAGGUAUAAAAUCAACUGUUCAAGUAUUUAAAUUAAGCUAGUAAGACAAAAAUGGAAAUUAAUAUGUUAAAAAAAGAACUUUAAGUUCUGCUAUAGACUGGAUAAACUUUCACAGAGAAGCGACAAACCGUUUCUAUCGAUUCGAUAUUUGCUAUAAUACUCACUGGAAGAAUGAUAUAACUAUAAAUAUGUAGUUCAUAGGACUUCUUUAAUUAAUAAUAUAUUCAAUAUCGACAAAGUGAAAUAUAUUUAAAUAGAUCGUAGUAUCUACCCGCAACCAAUAUCGGGUAUAUUCGGUAUAAACGAAUAAAAUAUAUAUCACCUAAUACAAUCCAAUGUACAAACAUUAUAUUUUUUUAUCUAGAAACCUGCGGUACAGACUUAUUUUCCGCACUUUCCCAAGUGCGAGAAAUAACAGUUAUCACAAUCCGUGCUUAAAUUGCCAGUUAAAAGGGAAAACCAUCGCUAACUUUUUACAUCGACAAAUUUUGAUACAAAAGGUACAUUAGGUGAUGAUAAAGGUAUUUUUUAAAAUAAGUGUUUUUAAACUAAAAGUAUAUACAUAUUUGUUCGUAACAUAAGGAAAACAAACAAAUUAUAAUAAUUACUAAACAUGGUACUUUUAUGUCAUGCUAUUGUUAGUGUAAACCGACCUUGUGUUUUCAAUCAACGAAUAAUUCAAUUUUACUAUACUUGCAAAGCUGGAACUUCAAGAAAUAAAACAGAUACAUCUCACAACGCCGGAAAGAUUUAAUAGACUAUCUAAUAGACUAGAAAUAUUUAGUAGAUUAUAUUUUAGUAAUAUUUAGUAGAUUAAAAAAAUAUUUAGUAGAUUAUUUAUUACUGGGACCUGGUCAUAUUUGCUGCAGCAUGAUGUAAUUAUGUAACACAUUUUUACUACUAUCAUCAUCGUCAUCACUGGCUCGACAACCCUUUUUAACCGUUGGCCUGUUCUAGGAUUCUUCUAUAUUCUGAUCGAGCUUUUUUCCAAUUUUCUAUUUUUAAGGUUAUCAUUUUUUAUUUGCUCUAUAUAACAAUACAUCACCUAGCAACCGAGGCCUGAAAUGCUUAAGAUCAAACUUAGGAAAGCCUAUAAUAAUCUCAUUGAAGGAUAAAGAUGGCAAAGAAAUAUUAUAUUUCUCAUGAUUUAUAUUCCUCAAACAAGAACCCAACUAACACUGCAAAAGAAGAUCUUAAGAGAAAGAUAACGAAUGUCAACUCAGAAAUACUCCCUAACAUAGAAUCCUUCGAAAUAAAACAAGCUAUGGCACAACUAAAGAACAAUAAGGCUCCGGGCCCAGAUGGAAUACUUGUAGAAAGGUUAAAGGAGGAGAGUGAAAUUAUUCUCGAAGAAUUGAAAAAUUUUACAACGAAUAUCUUUUUAGAGGAGAAGUCCCAGAUGAUUGGAAUGAAAGUUUGACAAUACUUCUCUUCAAAAAGGGAGACAGAGGGGAUCUGAAGAACUAUAGGCCAAUCUCCCUGCUGUCCCAAAUGUACAAACUGUUCAUGAGAGUAACUAACAGGCUCCCUGUUAAUAUGCUUUUCAGCUAUAGUAAUUAUAGCUUUUUUAAAACGAUAGUAGAAUUUAGGUAGUGGGGUACAAACCGGAUAUACUUCUCUAGUUAAAUAGGUAAAGAAAUAAUAAUAAGACUUACUCACAAUCAAUUUAAUUUAACAAUCUGAC